CCUGACUUUACAAUCUUCGUAUUGAUACAUAUACCCAACUAAUAGAUAUAGACUCUUCACUGAGCAUCCAUUUUUCAUAUCCAUCAUCACCUCAAUAUGGCCCAGUCUAGCCAUACUGUUAAAAAACCAUGGAUCGAGACCCCAUUGAUUGAAUCAGCGGCUCUCUCCAAGGUAGCAGGAUGUAGAAUCUUCCUCAAACUCGAGCUCCUACAACCCUCAGGGUCAUUCAAAUCAAGAGGCAUCGGGAACCUCAUCCGCACCGCCCUCCUAAACCCAACAAACAAGGGCAAAAAUCUCCACUUCUACAGCUCCUCAGGCGGAAACGCAGGACUAGCCGCCAUCGUCGCAGCCCGAGACCUAGGCUGCCCGUGUACAGUCGUCGUCCCGCACAGCACGAAGCCGUUCAUGAUCAGCAAGUUGCGCGCUGCAGGCGCUACGGAUGUGGUUCAGCAUGGAGCUAGCUGGUUUGAAGCGGACACUUUCCUGCGUCAGAGCUAUAUCGACGAGGGCUGCCAUGACCGUGCAGGCUCGGAGCGGAACCAGAAAAACAUAUACGUCCCCCCGUUCGAUCACCCCGAUAUAUGGACGGGCGCGGGGACAAUGGUAUCUGAAAUAGCGGCGCAGUUGCCGCCGAGAGACGGUGAGUCUGCGGGGGGCUUCCCGGCCGAUGCAAUCAUCUGCAGUGUUGGGGGUGGGGGACUCUUCAAGGGCAUCGUCGAGGGGCUAGACACAUACCUACCUCUUCGAGCCGACUCGCAAACCCCCUUGAAACCCGUCCGCGUGGUAGCUGCCGAGACAAAGGGCGCCGACUCCCUUGCGUACUCGCUGCGAGCGGGGAGUCUACAGUCGCUAGAGGCAAUCACGUCGCAGGCGACUUCUCUAGGGGCGCUUUGUGUUGCCCCCAAGGUGCUGGAGAGUGCCCUGUCUCCGCCGGCGGGGGUAGAAGUUGUUAGCUAUGUGGGGUCGGAUGGGGAUGCUGCAAGGGGGGUUGUUCGGUUGGCUGAUGAGAUGCGGUUGCAGGUUGAGUUGGCGUGUGGGAUUAGUGUUGAGGCUGCCGUGGCGGAGAAGUUGAAGACGAGUGUGCCGGGUUUGGAGCCGGAUGGUCGGGUCGUGGUUGUUGUUUGUGGUGGGAGUAAUAUUUCGGCGGAGAUGGUUGCGGAGUAUCGGCAGAGGCUUCAGGAUGGAUGGGAGUCGGGUUUUUAG